GGGUUAAACGGGAUUUUUGGGGUUUAAAGGGGAUUUUGGGUGAAUUUAAGGGGAUUUGGGGCCAAUUUAAAGGUUUUGGUGUCUCAAAAAGGGGAUUAGGGGACGGCUCGGGGCUCCUGGGAGGGAAAUGUGGGAAUUUGGGUGAUUUUGGGGAAGUUUUGGGGGAAUUUUUGCGUUUGGGAGAGUUGAUGGGGGGUCCAAGAAGGAUUUCUGGGAGGAUUUUGGGGUCGUUUCACGAGAUUUCUGGGAUUUGGGAGCAAUCCGGGGAGGUUUCAACGAAUUCCUGAUGUUUUGGGGGGAAUUUUGGGAAUUUGGGAGGAAUUUUGAGGCAAUUUAUCCGAGUGAACAAUUAACAAGCUGCUAAUUAAUCCAAUUAACGAGGCAGACCAAUUAAUUUUAACGAUUUUGCCCCAAAAAGGGAAAUGGAACUUUUCGUCCACGGCUUCCCCUCCGACGUCGCCGCCCUCAGGUUUGAGUGGGCGUGGCAGCACCCAAGCUCCUCCCACCGUCUCUUUGCCCCGCCCGUGCGCCGCCCCCGGGAGCAGCCAAUCAGCUUCGCCCUCCGCGUGCUGCCCCGCCUCCUCCGGGCCCCGCCCUGGUCCCGCCUCCCGCUCCAAAUCCGCUGGCUCCGCCCCCCUCGCCCCACCCUGGAGCUGGCCCCGCCCCCUCACAUGGUGGAGGAGGAGGGGGCGGGGCCACCGCGCCUUAAAAGGAGAAAGGGGCGGAGCCAAGAAGCGGCCGCAGCCGUCGAUGGGUGUGGCCUCUGUGGGGAGGACCUGGCCACGCCCCUUCUGCGCUGUCCCCGCCCCCUGUGCUCCAUGGCCGCCCAUCCCCCCUGCCUGGCCCGGCUCUUCCUGGCGCCGGAGCCGCGGCAGCUGCNG